AUUCGGUUUUUCGGAUUUUAAUCACUUUGAUUUGUCCUCCAUCUUGAUUUUUAUCGAUUUAAUUGACGCUGAAGCUUACGUACUUUUCAUUAUCUCUUUUCGUUUGAUUUGAAACCUYUGGUUUCAUAAAGAACAAUGAGUAACAUCUGCAAACCACUUUAAUCUCAAUUUGGUGAAUCUUUGGAGCACUUUGGACGGUGAGAAAUCAAAAACAAGAAAACAGGAAGACAUUCACAGUAGAUCAAAAAAAUAAUGACUGAGCUUUCAAAAUGACUUGCAACAGUGCCGAAAUCUUCAAAAUGUGUGUUAUAUUAUCUGCACAGGAUGGAAAUGCUCUGUACUUAGUUGAGAGGUCGUCUCUCGAGGCAGAUCUGUUGAUAAUUUUAUUUAUCGCUAGAGAUAAUCUWAAAGUUUUGUUGCCUGAAGCAAUUAUUUAUAACUGAAGCUUAUCAAAAAGUACAAAAAGCCUCGCAGCUAAAGUUGGUGUCAGAAGUGGGAUCAAAUUCUAUCGUUGGCGAAAUAUUCCCAAAUAGCGUUUUUUUUUUUUUUUUUGUUCUUUUAUUUUGAAUGAUUUGAUUUGUUUUGAUUUACUAAAUAUUUCAAAAUCUAUUAAAUCCGGCGUCAACAUGAAAUAAAAUGCUUAUCAAAGUGUAUUUUUAGGAAGGAAAAUAACUCGUUUAAAUAUGUUUUAUCCAGACAUACAGCUGUGUUGAUUUUUCAUUACUUCAGGCAGUCAGCAGGACAUCGAGACUUGGUUAUAUACAACGACCCACUGRCCCACUGCAUUUAUACCCUGUUAUUGUAUUGUAUGUAUAACUCUAGGCAUUGCCUUUGGGUAACUGUGAAAUUCAAGGACAUCAACGGUGUUGAGAGGCUUGAAAAUUGCAAACCAAUAAACUUUACUGAGGGUAAACAUUUAAAUUACCCAAAAAGAAAAUAUGCAUUAAAAGGUUCAGGGAUACUAGAGAAACUUAAGAAGUCAACAUUUCAACCAAACCAUUUAAAAAACRCUUCCACAAGACACUCGUAAARCACUGAAAUAUUAAAAGUUUGAUUGAAAACCCUACAUGCAUUUUGUUGUUUGAAGAUUUGUACUUCCGAGUGUCCGAUGUUCGAGAAACAGGUUUUGUGUGUUUAACAUGCGUCAGGAAUACACAUGCUGGCACGUUCUUCCCGUGAACAUAGCAUCAUAAGCUGCUAUAUAUCCCGAAGGAUGAUUUAAUGAGCAAUUUGAGGAUUCUAGAAAAAUAGAAAAUUAGUUUUCCCAACGUAUCGUUGUAUAUGUAAAAUUGUUAACUUGUCAUAUUGUUGUCACCGUGACGUCACCCUAUAACCAAUCACCGAGCCAAUCAGCGCACGCUUUGAACAUGGAUAUUGAGACUACGCCGCCAACGGAAAGAUGAGGAAUUACUAGAGAAUCGAUUGAACCAUCAUCCACUUAGAUAAAUACAACAGACUUAAUGAGAAGCCUUGUGAUGAAAGAGAUAAGACGGCGUUCAUAAGCAACACUAGCUGUCUCAAUUUCUUCAUUCGCCAUCUAUCACUAGACUGUGAAGUUGGCUCUCUGUCUGAGCAAACACGAAUUAUUCAAAGUAAUUCGCACUCAAGACUUUAGACCAUCAGUAUAACAAAGUURUCGUUCAGCAGUUCAGUACUGCCAAGUCGACUCAUCAGUUGCAAUUAGUUCUUGUCCGAGGUAUUGCCCAGUACAAUUUGCACCUUCUGCAGUUCAUGAACGGUUUCAGCAGCUGGUUAUCUAUACCAUUAUUCAAAACCGCACGACUCUAAAUCCUGGAAACAAGCCGMCACUUUCAGAUUCGUUGGUUAAGUCAGUAAUGAAUGGUACAUUCAACACCUCGUCUUCAAUACCAGCAUUUCAAGAUGGUCCGAUGAUCCAAUCUAYMCUGCAAGUAAUCWUUCUUGUACUGGUUCUCGUGGUUGCUACGCUGGGAAAUGGUUUCGUUGGGUAUUGUGUAUUUGCACACAAGAAUCURCAAGUCCCAACCAACUACUUUCUUGUUAGCCUUGCYGCGGCAGAUUUUCUGUUCGCCAUACUUGCUCUGCCGUUUCGAAUUUAUGACAUUACUAAAUACCAUGUCUGGCUCCUGAGUGUAGAUGCAUGCCGGUUCUGGGUAUGGCUGGACCUGCUCUUUUGUAGUGCAUCGGUAGCGAACUUAGCUKCAAUAAGCGUCGACCGAUAUUUGAAAAUAUCUUCACCUUUGACUUACAACUCCAGAAUGACGAGAAGACGCGUUCGUUUCAUUUUAUUAAUUCUGUGGGGAUAUUCUGCACUCCUAGCAUCACUGACCUUAGUUGAAUGGUCGUCCGAUCCCAAAGAUCAGGCAAGAGGAUCUGUAGUAGACGAGAAUAAAAUCUGUCGAUGUGACGCAACAAUUUUCCUGACAAUCAUUUCUACCUUAGGAUUUUUUGUUCCUCUAGCAAUAAUGCUACUUAUGUACUUUUUUGUGUUCAAAGUUGCUGUAGUUCAAGCCACAAGAGUCGCAARACARCAGGAAUCCCUCAAUGGACUUUCAAAGAAAGGACGCAAACGGCGCGCAAAGUCAUCUAUCGCACUGCUAGAAGUCAAGGCCACAAAAACGCUUAUUGUUCUUUUGAGCGUCUUUUGUGUUUGUUGGUGCCCUUUCUUUAUUCUUUCUCUGAUAGGACUUCAUAAAGUAGAACUCUAUAAUGGCCUACCAAAGUGGUUUUUGAUAUUCUUGAAAGUCGUGUUCGUGAACGUUCUUCCAAACCUCAACGCUGCUCUAGAUCCUAUAGUAUAUACUACMAAUAACCAUCAGUUUAGGACAGUAAUCCGAAGAAUGAUUCGCAAGCACAGGCAGCGAGCAAGAGGUCUGAUGUUGUCCAAUGUCUAUUCUGACAACGGCUUGCUGUCKGUUAGUGAUUCAAAGAAUAGACGAAACUCGUCGUUUCGCUCAAGGACUACAACUACUUCAGUGAAAAACAGUCUGGUUCCUCUAUCUCAGACAUAGAGCACAAGUCCACAUGUUUGAAAUGAAAAGACAUCUUAAUCUGAAGUUAGAUAUUAGUCGUGGGUUCUUACUUAACCUGAUAUUAUGUACUGAAUAAAUUCAAAACUGAUUCAAAUCA